UCAUGUGCUUUUGUAUGUUAUUUGUAAAAGAGUUCAUUCACCUGAGAUGAUGGAAAUGUUGCAAGUUAACCUAUUGAUUGCAAGCUUGUGCUGCCUGGCCUUUUUCAAUAAUUUCGCACAAUGCUCUACUGGAGGAGAAGAUGGCAAGAAAGGUAUAAUUAGAAAUAUAUCUCGGCCAUCAACGUAUGACAUCGAAAAUUGGAUGGCAAGAGAUAGAAGCGCAAUGCAACAAGAUGAUCAUAAGAAGGUGCAGAAGAAAGGACUAUCACGUCGUUAUGAGCAUCAGCCAAUAGAACGCAAUUUCCAGACCGAUGCAAUAACAUCCGAAAAUGUGGACCCCUAUAAAGCGCUGCCUAAAAACUCACACACAUUAAAUAAGAAGUUGCUCAAAAAACUUGGAUUCAUUAAAGUGAAGGCACCCAACAGUCAUCACAGAAAACGUCUCGCGGUUGAAUCAAGACGUCACACAUCUCCCGAUGAUUCUCAUAUGUUCAUUAUAAAACUACCACCGAACUUCGUCUAUUACACCAAUCCAAGAGCUGAAGCUAAUAGCAUUACGGAUAUGAAAACGCACCUUCAAAAAACAAAUGUUUCAACUUUCCCAUUUAGCUCCAAUGGCAAGCCGGGCCGUAUCUACCAUUGGAAUCUGCCAAUAUUGCAGAAAUAUCUCGGAAACAAACGGCCACUGCCACAUUUUGAUGCUAACGGAAGAAAAUAUGUUAUAAAUUUCAAAAAAAUUCCAAAUUUUCAAAAAUCAUGGGAAAAUGACAGCAUUGAAAAAUCCUAUAAGUCCAACUAUAAAAAGUCGCUCAAACAUAAAUCACCUUCGUACUAUGCGCCCACUGCUGCAGUCAAUAAAAAUAGUUUUAAUCGAUAUUUUUCAGGAAAUGGAAAGCCGAAGGGCUUCUAUGUCAUAAAGGAGAAUCAGAAAAAAGACAUCUAUUAUAAGAAUAUUGUGCCAUAAAAACGUUCGAAAUGACAUAAAUGAAAGAAGAACAAAACACUUCAAAAAAGUCCUGGUCAACUUCAUAAUAACUAAAAUAAGAAUAUCCACUUAAAAUUAGGAUCAACGUAAUAUAAGUACAUAGUACACAUACAUACGUAUCAAUACAGACUGGCAUGACAUUAAUA